GAGAGCAGAGUGGCAGCUGGCCCCAACUCAAAGCUUUCUAUCACACGCCGCACACAUGCUGAAGCUUUCUCCUCUUCCUCUGCGAGCACAUCAGUUGGAGUUAGAAUGAGUGUGUAAGCUGACUGCUGCGGACUCUCUCAGCCAGGAUAAUGAUGGAGUUGGAGGUGGUGCUCAGGCUGCUCCUCCUGCUCUGCUUCUUGACUCUGCACUGCUCGGCCAUCGAGACCGUGAACGUAGUGGACUUCUGUGGCCAAACAAUCCGGGGUGACGGCAUGAUUGUCAACUCGCACCAGGAAUCCAAGAAGUACUACUUUGUGACCAUGGGGACUGACUGCCACCUCACUAUGCAGGCCAGCUCCCCUAAAGACAAGGUCCAGUUCCACUUCCGCUUUUUCCUGGUCUACAGUUUGCUACGAGUGGCCCCUUUGAGUCCUGCCCCCGUCUUCCCCGAGUCCCCUCGUGGCUCUGCUCCUCUCAACCCCAGACUGGAGCCCACCUCUGGUGAAAGUUCGGGGGACCCGUGUCAUGCAGGGUCUUAUGUUCAGUUCUACGAUGGACGGGACAGGAGCUCACCUCCCCUUGGGCCGCCUCUUUGCGGGAAGAGCCCACCCCGACCAGUGCUGUCCACUGGAAACUACCUGACCCUGAGGCUGGUGACCCGGGGGACUCAGCCCAGAGUCGACUUUGUGGGGGACUUUACCUCUUUCAGACUGGGUUUUAACCAAUCAGAGUGCAGCAGUGAACCAUAUUUCACCUGCAGGAAUGGGAAGUGUAUCCCGCUGAGUCUGGUGUGUGAUGAUAAAGGCAUUGACAACUGUGGGGAUGGAAGUGACUUGGAGGAGAACCUGACUACAGGUUGUAAAGCAGGUCAGCUGUUACCUCCUGAACCUGCACCGGCAAUAGCAACCCCACCCCCACCUUAUGUGAAUCCACCCACAGUGCCGAUGCCUUCACAUAUGAACUGCGGCGUGCCGGACAGUGCUCCCAGUCACGAGUCAGUAACAGACUCCCCAGCCUCACUGUCCCUGUUGGUUCUCUACAUCCUGCUGGGUGUGGUGGCAGGCAGUGUGGUGCUCUGCUGGUGCUGCUGGUCACCUGGCUGGUUCCUGUGGCGCGUCAGCAUCUGCCGCUUCUUACCCUGCUGCAACUCAGCCUGCGCCUCCUGCCAGCUCUGUGCCCACGGCUGCACCCACGGCAAGGAGCACCGACUGGCAAAAGUCACCCCACACACACCGGUCAACGGGACCUCCACGGGCACGCCGGCCAGCACCAACAGUGCUGCUGAUGAAAAUGUUACCACAGCGGCAGUUUAGAGCAGAAGGUCUGUUCAGGUCAUUGGUUCCAGCAUACAGAGACCAGAGCUGAUGCUGAGCUGUGGUCAGUGGUGAACAGUUACUGCAUUAGGCAGUGCAACGGGACCAAGAAUCCUUUUAGUUUUACUGAAGUGGUCCAAUGCUGAUAUGAGCAGAGCUGAGUGGUUUUGGUUAAACUGUGGUUCUUGCGCUUUAAAUGUGAUGAUGCAGAUGCUGAGACUGCUGUGUUUAUGUUAUUAGAAGGUGAAGCAGGGUACAGUAUGACUGUGGAUUGUAGGAAAAGUAUGAAUGUAUCUUAAAGGAUAGGAUUAAAGGGAUAGUUUGGGUAUUUUGAAGUGGCGUUGUAUAAGGUACAUCCAUAGUUACUUCAACUUUCAACUUUAUUUGGGGGGCGAAUAGGUGUAAUCCCCCCCAUCUGUGUGUUUGCUCAAGUUGAAAAUAUUAAACUUUGACUGAAAAAUUCAGCUGUUGCUUCCCCACAGACAGCUGCUAGCAUAGCCCUGAUCAGCCUGAACUCAGUUCAGAAAACAACCAUUUCAAAAGUUGUUUGCUCGUCGUCUUGUGGAUAGACCCGACAAAGUAUGAAUUCAGACGUUUUACAAAUCGAUGAUGAAGUUAUUUCAGCAUCAUUGUGAUCUGUUUAUUGCAAUUAAAUCAUAGCAAAAUUGGUUUAUUUUGGGCUCAUAUCACUGUAGUAAGCCAGAUUAAAGGGUGAAUAUUUACUUGAGCAAGUAAAUACAAAUUAUACCACGAGUAAGGCCCUUUAUGUUGUGUGUAAGAUGUGUCUGGACUCUUGACAAGUGGUGCGACUCUGAACCUUGCAAUUUUAUGCGUCUUUAAAAACCUACAACAUGCAGCACAAGCGAUAAGAGAUUGUUUUACCUGAGACGUGUUUCUAGCAGUGCUUCUCUAUGUGAUGGGCCACUAACUCUUCCCAUGGGCCUGCAUUUAGCAGAGAAAUGACUGAGGGGAUGAAAGAGUGCUUGUACCUGUUGGUCUUAACUGGGGAAUCUGAACCGAGAGCCAGAGGGCAAAAUCUGAAAUUCAGAGAGUAGGGGAUGGGUGCUGUUGGAUAGGACGCCUAACUGUCUGUUUAACAGGUUUGUUAGCAUACUCUGCUAUAGCUCCAAGAUCUUGCUUCUCACUUUCAUUAUUACAUGCAGUAGACGGCAGUCAGUGUGCCCCUGGUUUGGAGAAGCAGACUGGGACGGGGACUGCAGAAAAACUUAUUUUAUCCACAUAAAAAGCCCACCUCAAAAUAAAUCUAUCAGUUUAAAGGUCCAGUGUUUAACAUUUAGGAGGAUCUAUUGACGGAAGUGGAAUGUUAUAUUCAUAUAUUUCCAUGUUGGCCCUGUAUUCAGCAGUGUGCUGACUACUGUCUACUGUAGCCUAGGUUAUACACUGACUAUGGAUAAGUACCUCAUACAACCCUACUUCAAAAUACCCAAACUAUCCCUUUAAGGAUUCUUAGGAUCACUUAAGAAACAUUUUUGUUCACAGCACAUUCCGCCUGUUUUGCAGUUAUAUUAUGACGGUGUAAAGUUGUAAGUGUGAACAGUUUUUAGUCAUGUAUUUGUUUCUUUCUUAUAAAUGUGAUUUUCUGCUCUGUCUUAAAAGUAACUAUUGCAGUGAAAGUACACUUUCAGUCCACAGCUUUGACCAAACGUUUUCCAUUGACACACGCUGAGGGAACAGCCCCAGAACUACAGUUCACCCACCUGGUGACAACAGCUGUUCUCCCUUGGAGAAAUUCCUUUUGACUUUCCACUCUCCUCCCAGCAGUCCACUGUUGUUCCACAUACAAUGUGAAUGUGGACAGGGGAGCACAAAGUUAUCCAGUGCCUAGUGGACAACAUUUUCUAGUGUGGUGAUGAAGUAUGGACUCCUAACCCACUAUUGUGUGCACAAAAUAAACCUAUUCAAUUCAA